AUGACGUUGAACCGGAUUCUUGUCCCCGUGAAGAGGGUGAUUGACUAUGCCGUCAAGGUCCGAGUGACCGGCGGUAAAAUCGACACAAAUGUCAAGCACUCCAUGAAUCCUUUUGACGAAAUCGCCGUGGAGGAGGCUGUACGGCUGAAGGAAAAGAAGGCUGCAAAGGAAGUCAUCGCCUUGAGCAUUGGUGGAGCAAAGAGUACGGAGACUCUUCGGACCGCUUUGGCUAUGGGAGCUGAUCGCGCCGUGCACGUGGAUGUGCCUGAGGGAACGGAAGUCUUGCCUCUUCAGGUGGCUAAGUUGAUCAAGGCCGUCGCCGACAAGGAGAAGCCGGAGCUGGUCAUUUUGGGAAAGCAAGCCAUCGAUGACGACAGCAGUCAGACGGGCCAGAUGCUUGCUGGUCUUUUGGGAUGGUCGCAGGGUACCUUCGCCAACAAGCUUGAAGUUGCUGGCGAUAAAUUGACAGUCACCAGGGAAGUUGACGGUGGUCUGGAAACUAUCUCGACAAGGUUCCCCGCUAUUGUUACCACGGACCUCCGGUUGAACGAACCACGGUAUGCUACACUACCAAACAUCAUGAAGGCCAAGAAGAAGAAGAUGGAGGUGUUCAAGCCCCAAGAUCUUGGUGUGGAUAUCACUGCUUCAAUUGAAACCAUCAACAUUGCUGAGCCUCCCAAGCGAUCUGGUGGAAAGAAGGUCGAGAGCGUCGAUGAGCUUAUCGACAAGCUCAAAAACGAAGCGAAGGUCCUAUGA